CAACGAUGACCACGCCGUACACGCCAACAUCAUUUAUCCAGAUGACUCCUAGUACACCGGUCACGCCAAGUCCAGCGCCAGUGCCAACACGCGGCCGUGGAACAGGUGCAAAACGCGGCCGCAAGCCUCGCGGUGCACUUCCUAAUGCGUCCACCGAUACUCGCCCUCCACCACAAUCUGGGCCAAGUAUAUCUACGCCUGCAACGAGAUUUACCCCGGCCCAGUGGGCAACUCCUGGAGUCCCUUCAGGUGCCACUGCCACUGCUUCGACCUCUACUGUGACAGUUUCUGCUGUUCAAAACACCACCGCAAAUGCUGGUGAUGUAUCGAUGGACAGUGGGGAUGAUGAACCUGUGGCGACGCAGCCUCUACCCGUUACUGCUGCUGCUUCUUUGACAGAUGCGAUAAUUUCACAGCCUGGGACCGCAGCGAAGCCUGCGGGUGCCCCGGACGAGGACGUAGAGGGUGAAGACGAGCUGUUACCUGCAAUGGCGGAUGAUGACUACUCUGCGCAGUUGUCGUGGCAGAGCGAGAGCAAGGAUAAUCUGAAAGUGCUUAUGGACAAUUUCAGUCCGGCACAGUAUGAACGCUUUGAAGCCUAUCGACGCCAUGCACUACCGAAACAGGCUAUACGAAAGGUUAUACAACAAACGACAGGACAGCAAGUUUCUCAGCCCGUUGCGCAAAUAGUAGCAGGUGUUGGGAAAGUGUUUGUUGGCGAGAUCGUAGAGAAAGCUCGCCAGGUUCAAUCACGGCGCAAUGAUUUUGGCCCCCUCACGCCAGAUCAUCUUCGUGAAGCGUAUCGGAUGUAUCAAGCAGAAACUGGGCGUGUGGGCAGUGCGCGACCAAUGCGGGGGAAGCGUCUAUUUGUCAGGUAGUGAGUCAAACUCAGACUUGGCGGUGCUUCCGAGGGGGCACCACUUGUUAUUCGAGUGCAUACGUCGGUAGACAUGCCAAUAUCUGCUAGGUUUUACAAAGCUACAAGCGCCAUCAUAUGUGACUUUGCUAUAUAAUCAUUAUCACCUGCAUUAAUACACAAGUGCAAUCACCAAA